AAUCAAACCACGGCUACUAUACAUCUGCCGUUUGCGUAUUAAUAUGGAGCGUCUAUUCCAACAAGACGAUCAUGCCAGGCAGAGAGUUCGUUUUCCCAAUCCAAAUCUCUUCUUCCAGCUUUCUCUUCUUCCCCAAGAUAUCCUUUUCGAAAUUCUUAUUCGACUUGGUGCCAAAUCUCGAGGGAAGCUAUGCUGCGUUUCCAAAUCCUUCCGUUCCAUAAUCACUGGUCCAAGUUUCGUCGAGUUUCACCGGAAUUGGUCCACGGCGGCUGACCGCGGCACAACCAUACUCUUCUCUAUUUCAGCUCCGGUUGAUACUCCUAAAUCUGAUGACUUCACGGACAAAUCCGUGUGGUUCAAGUACUGUUCCCCGCCGGAGGAGUUUUACACCAUAAAUUACAAAUCUCUCGAAGGAAAUCAGCCCCUUGAAGCAAAACGUGUUAGGCACAUGGACAAAGUUGGCAACUUCAGCGAAUUCCGAUACGGGUCUUCCGCGGGAGAUCUGAUAUGUCUCUCCGACUGCCUUGAUGGAGGAAAAGGGGUGAUUUGCAACCUCAGAUCCGGACAACAGACUGCCCUCCUGACAACAACUCCGGAUUGGGCCGUUUAUCAGACCAAUGCUUUCGUGCUCUUGGGAUUCGACAGCUCCUCGGCAACAUACAAAGUUUUGAAAUCGGAAUUUGGUGACCCUACCGUCAAGCACUGGGUGUUGACACUGGGCGUGGAUGCAACCUGGCGGGAGAUCAACUCCUCUGCACAAUUUUACCCUGGUUGCCAUUACAACACUAGUGUUUGCAUAAAUGGUGUUCUCUAUUUCUACAAUGGGAGGCGGACGAAAGCAGCAGUCCGUGACUUUCCCAUUGUGGCAUUCGAUCUCAGAUCGGAGACUUUCCGCCUGAUUGCUCUCCCUCAGGCCAAAAGUGUAAUGGAAGCUAUGGAACAAGGUGAUAUGGCGAAAUCCUCUUUUGUAGAAUUGGACGGACGGUUUACUGUCAUUCGUAUCUUUCAAAACAUGCUUAUUACCUGGAGUUUGGAUAUGGUGGCGAACUCGGCCUCAUGCUGGAAGAAACACCAUUUCCUUCUUCCAUUUGAGCUGCAUGGGCCGUUUCAGGUGGCCGGAAGUAAAACUUUUUGCACUCUUACAACAAUUCCCACCGGGGAAAUAGUGGUUUUAACCCGCACGGGUGAGACAUGUUCUGUUUGGGUACUGUUUGAUAAGUUUGGACCAGAAGGCCUGAUUUGGAAGAAAUUUGGAAUCAACGGACUCGGAGACUUUUCUAAUUAUGGUGUCCAGGCAUUCAAAGCUGUAAUGGUGCAAAAUCUUGCUGAAAAUGUCUUGCACCCUGAAUAGGCCGGACAUAAUGGUCAGUUAGAUGAGUAAAUAUAGUUAUUAUAUAAGCAUUUGUUAUAUACAAUUGAUCACAAUAAUGUUCUUAAAAAUGUAUUCCAUUGCACAAACUUCGGUUACAUGUAGUUAUUUAUUCAUGUCUUAAUUACAAGCGUAGUUUUAUCUUGUUUAGAUUAGAUAGUCAAGAACGCAUGCGUCUAGGUGCAAGGAAAAUGAGUUCACUAUUCGUUGUCGAGACCUAAAUUUUAACAGGCGAUACAAAUUUGUAGUUCUGGUGCAAAAGAAAAAGAGACCUAUUAAAUCUUCAUAAGAAAAAAAUCAGAAUUUGAAAGAUGAG